UAUUGCUGAUUUUGAUAGGCAGUUUGUUUUUUUUUUUACCAUUUCUUAGUCAAGAAGCCGGGGAAUUCCCGACAUAGUCGUACUUUCUGCGAAAAUAUUGGCCAACGAAAUAAUCCGGCCUCAGUCGAUUCGCGAAUACGAAAGUGUCCGGAACAUCCAGAAAUGAGCGGAACACGCGAUGAAGAUUCUGUGAAUCUAGAAAUCUUCAAACUGAACACCUACUGCUGGGAAAGGAUACUGUCCUAUUUAAGCCUCACUGAGCAACUACAUCUCGCCGCCUCAAAUCGUCAGCUUCAAGUGCUUUUCGAAACGCUACAACAUAGGUAUAGGAUCAUUACAGAAAGCGACACCGCGAAUAUCGGCGAAACGGAGAUCCAACAGCUACUGGACAUUGUUAGAGAGCAUGUGAUCAGCUAUGAGACCCCACUGGAUCCCCAUUCUGUGCAGGAGCAGUACUUGUGGCUGUUGCGGGACUACUGCUCGAACCUGCGACACCUCAAAAUGUCUUUUCGACGCCCCAGGUGGCACGAUUUGUUGCAAUUGAAGAGUCUAACAUCGCUACAUGUCAGCCUGCACUUUCCGAAUCAAGGCAUGUAUAUGGAUUUUGUGUGUAGCCUAAGGGCUCUGCCGCACCUAAAGAAACUCAAAUUGGAGGCGACAUCUUAUACGGGAGACGGACUUCUUGUACUGGAGAAUUUGGAGUCCUUGGAGAUUGGCAGCCAACGCGGAUUUGAUGCCAGCAUUUUGGCUUCGUGCUGCAUGACAAUGAAGCAGUUGUGCCACCUUAACAUGGGUGAAUACACCGUCAACCUUACAGCUGAAGACUUUCGUGUAAUUGUGAAAAAGGGCCGAAAUCUGGAGCGGCUCGCUUUUAAUACAAGUCUGCAAGAAUAUGUGCCAUACGAAAUUGUCUACCAGCUCCCCAAAUUGAAACACUUGCAGUUGUGGCAUGUGGACUUUCUUAAACUUCGUUUAAUCGAGGGACUUAUUCGAAAACCGGGCACUCCGUUGGAAAGCCUUAUUUUGGUGGGACACACCCUGGAAAUGGCACAAGUGGAGCAUAUCUGCGAGAUUUCUUCACUUCGUGAGCUGUCUGUCUCCUGUAACACAGCUUUCACAAAAAGUCUUCUAAGCCUGAAGAAUUUAGAAAUUUUGGACGUCAAAAUGUCAGAUGUUACCAACGAUCAGCUAUUAAAGCUUCUGGAAGGAUGUCCACUUUUAAAAGUAUUUGGUGUCCGGUCGUGCAGGCUAAUCACCUUCGACUUUGUGCAAGAAGCAAUAAGAUUGUAUAAUCGCAGAAAAAUUCGAAUCUAUUUGCAUAAGUCAUCUGUUAAUUGGAGCACUCUGCCAAUAAUGAAUAACAAUAGUAAUAUUCAGUUCAUAAAAGGCUAUUUAAGGAAUCCCAUAUUGAUUAACAAAGAUACUUGUGAAAUUGAUUAAAGAGUUGAUUUUUACUCAACAACAAAAAGCUUAUCAAUUAUACGGAAUCGUUGAUAUUUAUAUGUACAUUCUUCAGUAAUGUAAUGUAAUGUAUCAACAAAAUUAACUGUCGUAAGUGCCAAAGAAUUUCAAAGCGUUUU